UCCUGAGUCAUGUGGGGUAAGCCCACGUGACCGGAGGCCCAAGUCCAACAUGGCGGCCUCCAUAGGUUGCUGCCUUCUCUUCCUCAUUUCACUGCGCGGCUUCCUCGGUGAGGCUUCCGGAGACCUCGGCUCGGGGGCCUCCCGCGACGACGACUUGCUGCUGCCUUACCCCCGCGCGCGCGCGCGCUUUGCCCGGGACUGCACAAGGGUGCGCACCGGCAGCCGCGAGCACGAGAGCUGGCCGGCUUCCCCCGCGACCCCUGGCACCCGCGGCCCCGCUGUGCGCACCUUCGUCUCCCACUUCUCAGAACGUGCGGUGGCCGGACACCUGACACGGGUCGCCGAGCCCCUGCGCACCUUCUCGGUGCUGGAGCCGGGCGGACCCGGCGGCUGCGCGUCGAGGCGCCGCUCCACCGUGGAGGAGACGGCGCGGGCGGCCGGCUGCAGCGUCGCCCAGAACGGCGGCUUCUUUCGCAUGGCCACGGGCGAGUGCUUGGGGAACGUUGUGAGCGACGGGCGGCGGGUGAGCAGCGCCGGGGGGCUGCAGAACGCGCAGUUCGGGAUCCGCCGCGACGGGACCCUGGUCACCGGGUACCUGUCUGAAGAGGAGGUGCUGGACACUGAGAAUCCGUUUGUGCAGCUGCUGAGUGGGGUUGUGUGGCUGAUUCGCAAUGGAAGCAUCUACAUCAACCAGAGUCAGGCAGCUGAGUGUGAUGAGACACAGGAGACAGGUUCAUUCAGCAAAUUUGUGAACGUGAUGUCAGCCAGGACGGCCGUGGGCCAUGACCGGAAGGGGCAGCUGGUGCUCUUCCACGUGGAUGGGCAGACGGAGCAGCGGGGCAUUAACCUGUGGGAGAUGGCAGAGUUCCUGCUGAAACAGGACGUGGUCAACGCCAUCAACCUGGACGGAGGGGGUUCCGCCACCUUCGUGCUCAAUGGGACCUUAGCCAGUUACCCAUCUGAUCACUGCCAGGACAACAUGUGGCGCUGUGCCCGCCACGUGUCCACUGUGGUAUGUGUGCACGAGCCCCACUGCCAGCCGCCUGACUGCAGCGGCCACGGGACCUGCGUGGAGGGGCGCUGCCAGUGCAUGGGGCACUUCUGGCGGGGCACCGCCUGUGACGAGCUGGACUGCGGCCCCGCCAAUUGCAGUCAGCACGGGCUGUGCACGGAGACCGGCUGCCGCUGCGAAGCUGGAUGGACAGGGUCCAACUGCAGUGAAGCUCUGGAGGCCAGAACUCCACGAUCAAGGGGUCUGCAGGGCUGCACUGGCUCUGAAAGGCCUGGGGGAGGAUGCUUCUUGCCUCUUCCAGCUUCUGGUGGCCCCAGGCAUUCCUUGGCUGUGGCUGCAUCACCCCAGUCUCUGCCUCUGACUUCACAGGCGCAGCCUUCUCCAUAUCUUGUCCAGUCUCCUUCCCUGUUCUCUUACAAGGACCCGAGGCCACUGGAUUUGGGUCCACCUUAAAUUCAGGAUGUUCUCAUUUCGAGAUCCUUAAUUUAAUUGCAUCUGCAAAGACUAUUUCCAAAUAAGCUCACAUUCACAGGUUCUGGGGAUUAGAACGUGUCUUUGGGAGGACAGUUCAAUGCAGUAUAACCAUCCACAUUUUAAAUCCUUAGUGGCUUUCUUUGGCUCUGAGUGAAAAAUCCGAACUCCUCAGCAUGACAUGCCAGUCCCCGCUCUCUGAGCCUCAAUGUCAGGUCCUCACAGGCCUCCCCACCCCACCCCCUCAGUGCUUUGCUGCUGCCAUCCUUGGUCCCAUCCCUCUAGCAUGUGUCCUCCCUUGUCCUUUGACACCUGCUUUCUGGCGUGCUGGCUGCCUGCCCUCCUAGACCAGAAGCUCCAUGAGGUCACAGCCUCAGGGCCUGCCACGUACCAAGUUCUCCAGAACUAUCUGUUGGAAGAACAUGUGAACCUACAGGGCCACUUGGGGUGAUGGAGAUGCAUUUGCAAUCUUGUUGGCCCCAGCCUGGGGUAGCAGGGGCAGGACCAGACUUUGCAAAGACCCCGCUUCCCCCAUCCCAGCUUGCACCAACGGCUCCUUCGGGUAGGACUGUGCCAAGAGGUGUCAGUGUCAUAAUGGAGCCACCUGUGACCCAGUGCGGGGGACCUGCACCUGUACCCCUGGCUUCCCUGGAGACAGGUGCUGGAAGGGCCCCUGAAUCAGCCAGGAGGGAGCCCCGUCCAGGGGGUGCUUCUGCUCCAGCCCACCUCUGCACACACCUGGGGCCCAUCCUGGCAGUGCAGAGAGGUCCUGCCACCAAGGCCUCCACCUCUGUCCUGGCACCUCCCUGCAGAGUGUCCCCUCGGCUGGUAUGGGCCAGGCUGCCAGAGUCCUUGCAAGUGUGAGCACCAGUGUCCCUGUGACCCUCAGACCGGCAACUGCAGCCUCACCUUGUCACCCACCCUGAACAGCAUCCUCUCCCAAGG